AUGAAAAGUUUCAAAGAAACUAAGAAGGUAGGAAUUACCGGUAAAUUUGGUGUUAGAUAUGGUUCAUCAUUAAGAAGACAAACCAAGAAAUUGGAAGUUCAACAACAUGCUAAAUAUGAUUGUUCAUUCUGUGGUAAAAGAACUGUUCAAAGAGGUUCAGCUGGUAUUUGGUCAUGUAAAAGCUGUAAAAAAACUGUUGCAGGAGGUGCUUAUACUGUAUCAACCGCUGCUGCUGCUACUGUAAGAUCUACUAUUCGUCGUUUAAGAGAUAUGGCUGAAGCUUGA